AACUAACACCACGCAGUUCUGGAGACGCAACUGACAAACACAACACCACAUCGCACGCAAACAUGGCAGCAGCAGCUGUACAGAACCCGCUAGGGCGCACCGACUGGGCGGAAGAUGAAGAAGACUCCGGACUCACGCAAACUAUUCCACCACCACAAAUUACCAAGAACAAGGACGGCACAGAGACAAUAGUGACGGUGUUCAUCAACGAAGAUGGCAAAAAGGUCAAGCGCACGCAGCGCAUCCGGCGGACCGUCGUCAAGAAGCGAGAGAAUCCGCGCGUCGCUGAGCGAAGAGCAUGGCCAAAGAUGGGCCCCGAAGCAGGCAAGCCACCAGGCCCACAAGCAGACACAACCACUCUCGGCGAGAACAUCAUCUUCAAGCCCGUCGUCGGCUUCAAGGCCAGUGGCGCUCAGCAGGAGAAGAACCCAGAGGAAGACAAGAAGGCAGAUGCGCUGAAGAAGAUGCAAAUCAAGUGUCGUAUCUGUCAGGGAGACCACUUCACCACCAAGUGUCCUUUCAAGGAUACCAUGAAGCCAGAGGGAGACGACGCAGCACCGGCGGAUAUGGACUCCAUUGCAGGCGACACUGGAGGCGGUGGUGGAGGCAUCGGUGGUAGCUACGUUCCGCCCCAUCUGCGCAAGGGAGCAGGUGCGACUGGAGAGCGGAUGGGAGGCAAAUACGAGCGCGAUGAUCUUGCGACGCUCCGUGUCACGAACGUCUCCGAGUUCGCAGAAGAAGGCGACCUCCGCGACAUGUUCGAGCGCUACGGUCGCGUCACACGCGUGUUCUUGGCCAAGGAUCGGGAGACCGGCAGAGCGAAGGGCUUUGCGUUCGUUAGUUACGCGGAUCGCUCUGAUGCUGCCAGGGCGUGCGAGAAGAUGGAUGGAUAUGGUUUUGGUCACUUGAUCUUGAAGGUAGAGUUUGCGAAGAAAAGCACUACUUAGACGGUAGUGGUAGUAAUUGAGGCUACUGGCAUGAAGCCGGCGCAUCACGACAAGGUGCUAGAUAGGGAAUGAUAUACUCAUUUCGGAAGCG